CUUAUCCGUCCCGUUUAACCCUUGGAACCUGGCGAGAUCCUGCCAAGUGGGUUCCUCCUAACAGUGUUUCGGGGACUAAAGAAAGGAUUCGUAGAGUGUUAGUCCUGAGCCUUACUUCCCGGCUCCCGGGGCAGUCGGAAGCGGAGCUGCUUGUUUUGAAAGGCAAACACCGCCUCCUGCUUCUGUCACUUUCAGACAAGUUAACCACUGUAAGAUUGGUUGUUAAACCAAAGUAUUCCCUUGUCCGAUCCGUCAGAUUAGCACUGCCAUGGGUAUCAGGUUAUUGCUCAGUAAAUAUACUCUUGAGGGCAAAGUCAAAAUUAAAUGCCUCCAAGCACUUUUUGAAAAGAUACAAGAUCGACCUAGCAAGCAAACUGUUCAGUGCACUUUUCCUCACUUUCGCAUACAGUCGUCUUAGCAUGCAGAGUAAGGUUCGGCUUUAGAGUGUGGUAAGGGGUGCUUUUCAUGGUGCAUGGAAGGAAAGCCAAUGCGCAGGUGUACCAGCAUUCGACCAGGAGAGACUGGAAUGGAUGUAACAAGUCGCUGCACCCUUGGAGACCCCAACAAACUGCCAGAAGGGGUUCCCCAACCUGCCCGCAUGCCCUAUAUUUCAGACAAGCAUCCUAGACAAACCUUGGAAGUGAUUAACCUCCUGAGAAAGCACCGGGAGCUAUGUGACGUGGUGCUAGUUGUGGGAGCUAAGAAGAUAUAUGCGCAUCGAGUCAUUCUGUCAGCCUGUAGUCCCUACUUCCGAGCUAUGUUUACAGGAGAAUUGGCAGAGAGCCGUCAGACAGAAGUCGUGAUCCGAGACAUAGACGAGAGGGCUAUGGAACUACUGAUUGACUUUGCGUAUACCUCCCAGAUAACUGUAGAAGAAGGCAAUGUUCAGACCCUCUUGCCAGCUGCUUGUCUCCUCCAGCUAGCAGAAAUACAGGAAGCCUGCUGUGAAUUCUUAAAGAGACAAUUAGAUCCUUCUAACUGCCUGGGCAUUCGGGCUUUUGCUGACACACAUUCUUGCCGAGAGUUGCUGAGGAUAGCAGACAAGUUCACUCAACAUAAUUUUCAAGAGGUAAUGGAGAGUGAAGAGUUCAUGUUACUUCCAGCCAAUCAGCUCAUUGAUAUAAUAUCUAGUGAUGAGCUAAAUGUUCGCAGUGAAGAACAAGUAUUCAAUGCAGUGAUGGCCUGGGUCAAAUACAGUAUUCAAGAAAGACGUCCUCAGUUACCCCAGGUGCUGCAGCACGUUCGUUUGCCUUUGCUCAGUCCAAAGUUCCUGGUGGGCACAGUCGGCUCCGAUCCCCUCAUUAAAAGUGAUGAAGAAUGCAGAGAUCUGGUAGAUGAGGCUAAAAACUACCUCCUGUUGCCUCAAGAACGACCAUUAAUGCAGGGACCAAGGACAAGACCACGGAAACCUAUCCGUUGUGGAGAAGUACUCUUUGCAGUUGGCGGUUGGUGUAGUGGAGAUGCCAUUUCCAGUGUGGAGCGAUACGAUCCACAGACCAACGAAUGGCGAAUGGUAGCUUCGAUGAGCAAAAGACGGUGUGGCGUUGGGGUCAGUGUCCUGGAUGACCUGUUAUACGCAGUAGGAGGCCAUGAUGGAUCCUCUUAUCUCAAUAGUGUUGAAAGAUAUGACCCCAAAACGAACCAAUGGAGUAGUGACGUGGCCCCCACGAGCACCUGCAGGACCAGUGUGGGUGUGGCCGUACUCGGUGGAUUCCUCUAUGCUGUGGGGGGCCAAGAUGGUGUAUCUUGCCUGAAUAUUGUUGAGAGGUACGAUCCAAAGGAGAACAAGUGGACGCGGGUGGCUUCUAUGAGCACCAGAAGACUAGGCGUGGCAGUGGCUGUGUUGGGAGGGUUCUUAUAUGCUGUAGGUGGCUCUGAUGGGACCUCUCCACUCAACACAGUGGAACGCUACAAUCCCCAGGAAAACAGAUGGCACACCAUAGCCCCCAUGGGGACCCGGCGGAAACAUCUGGGCUGCGCGGUGUAUCAGGACAUGAUCUACGCGGUGGGCGGGAGAGACGACACCACAGAGCUCAGCAGCGCUGAGAGGUACAACCCCAGGACUAACCAGUGGUCUCCGGUGGUGGCCAUGACCUCCCGGCGCAGCGGAGUCGGUCUGGCAGUCGUCAAUGGGCAGCUCAUGGCAGUAGGAGGUUUUGACGGCACGACGUACUUGAAGACCAUCGAAGUGUUUGAUCCCGAUGCCAAUACGUGGAGGUUAUAUGGUGGGAUGAAUUACCGUCGACUUGGAGGUGGUGUAGGAGUUAUUAAAAUGACACAUUGUGAAUCCCACAUAUGGUGAACAGGUAGAAGACAGUCUUGUAUGUGCUUCUCUGUAUUAGGGAGAGCUUUGACUCUGAAGCUUCGUGCAGUUUGAGAAAACAUUAGAAGAAAUUUUAUUCUUUGCUGGUGCCUCAACAUAAGGAAAUACAAGUCUGAUGACACUAUUUCACCUGCAAGAUGCCACCUUUGCACAGUAAUUUUCAACUUUGUGCAGAAGACUAUUUAUUUUUUUUAAUUUAUCAUAAUGUUUUGGUUUGGGGGUUUUUUGGCUUGGGUUUUGGU